CGGGCUGUCACUCACCCCGGCUCCGGUCGCUGAUCGGCUGGCCAUGGUGUGAGACCGGGGUUUGUCGUUCCAGCCCUUGCGGGAGGUGACUGAGGGGAAGCGGACUCGGACUCGGGGCGGGGGCUGGCGCAGGCCUCUGUCCGUUCCUGUUGCCUUCCGGUCCCGCUGGAGGAUUUCCCCGCCGCCGUGUCCGGACCGAUGGGGGGUGUCGGGCCUGGGAAGGAGCCGCUGGAGCCGGGCCUGCUGCAGGCCAUGAGCCCGAGCCUGGAGGUGAAGGUGGUCUCCCUGUUCCUGCUCUUGCUGCUGACCGCCCUCAGCGGCCUGCUGCCCCUCUGCGUGUUCCGGAGAGCGGCUGGAGGAUCCGGGAGCGCGGGUCAGCGGCGAAUUCUUAGUCUCCUCAGCUGCUUGGCGGGUGGUGUAUUCCUAGCCACGUGUCUGUUGGAUUUACUUCCAGAUUUCCUGUCUGACAUGGCUUCAGUGCUGGACAAGAUGAAAAUUACACUACAGUUCCCCUUGCCGCUCUUCAUUGUGGUGAUGGGCUUCUUCCUGGUGCUGAUCAUGGAGCAGAUCGUGUUGGCAUGUCGCGACCAACCCAGCAACCACGAGGAGACCCGGUCACUGCUGGGCAGGUCGCCCAGUGGGAACUUACACACUCAGCAUCACCUCAGCUCAGGUGAGAGUGGAGCUCAGUGGGAAGAAACUGGGCCCCACCUCCACGUGGACUUCAACUCCCACUCGGCCAUCCGCUGCCUGGUGCUGGUGCUGGCACUGUCCCUGCACUCUGUCUUUGAGGGGCUGGCAGUGGGGCUACAGGAGGCCAGCUCUAAGGUGGUGGAGACCUGUGUCGCUCUCUCGGUCCACAAGUGUAUCAUCGCCUUCAGCCUGACCUUGAAACUGGUGCAGAGCCGGCUGAAGUGGACGGUGGUUGUCGGCUGUGCCAUGGUCUUUGCCGUCAUGUCCCCUCUGGGUGUCGGUCUGGGUAUCGCUGUGACGGAGGAUGCCAGCCACCAGCUGGUUCGAUGUGUGCUCGAGGGAGUGGCUACGGGAACCUUUAUCUACAUAACCUUCAUGGAAAUCCUGCCUCACGAACUCAACUCCCCCCACCAACGGCUGUGCAAAGUCGUCAUGUUGAUACUGGGUUUUGCAUUAGUCACAGGGGUCCUUUUCAUUCCAGGGUAAGGGCUGUGGUUAGGAUAAUCUCGUCUCACCACCAUCAGCUGUCACUCUGUCCAAACAACCCGUAAACUCUCCUGACAGCUCCAUUUCAGUUCCCAUUUACAGCAUUCAUUCAUUCAUGGCUGAACUGUGCCCUCUCUGUAUCUCUGUCCCUUGGCUGCUUAUCUCAAUAUCCUGGGCAGGCAAAACUGUCCAAACUUCACAUGUGUGAUCGAUCUGGCCUUGUCAGCUUUCCCUCGGUGGAUAUAUCACACUUCUCCUCAUCCAUAUUUGCUUCAUCCCUCCUCCCCGUGGUCUGUCACAUUCUGCCUCCUCCUCCCCAGACUGUGUCGCCCAGCGGGGAAUGUUUCUCUCCAUCUACCCUAUCAGUUCUUUUCCAAAACCCUCAAUCUACCCUUAACCUUACACAAUGUUCUGUUUAAAUUCUGGUUCCCCUCUGAGUUGAUUGCCUAUUUUCACGCGCAGUCAAACGGAUGUCAGAAUUAUGGUCCCCCUGAGGAAUCGCGGGCUACCCUUGGGGGGGUGAGUUGGGGUUUUCAAAGACUGCUGGUUGUCUGAGCGGCUGGAGUUAGUGUCCAGAGGUAGUACUGAAUGGAGCUGGGUGCGUUUGGAGUGUAGCCCCUGGGCUGGCGAGAUGCAUUCCCUUUUGCACUGAAGAAUGAUGGCCUGACUGAGGCGAGUCCCACAUCAACAGGAGGACCACAGAUCAAAGCAUUGAAUGAAGUAAUGUAAUGGAGGAAAUGGGAGACUGUCACUGACCUGUCCUCAGAGUAGGGGGAUAAGGCAGAGGGCUCUUGUUAUUCUGUGAGUGAGAAAUGAGCAGGCUCUUGAUCAUCUCACUGCUGUCAAUCAUUUAAACUGAAGCUGAGAAUGCUGAGAGGGCUGAGUUUGAAAAGAGCUUUGUUAAAUGCACUCUUUGGGAAAACAAAGAGUUAGUUUCCUCUAUUUUUGGUAAACGAUGGCUUUUUAACACUUGAUUACUAAAACAGAUAUACACUUACAGGAGCCUAUAUCAAUUAUGUGGUACUGCUUAAAACUGAGAUUCGAACACCUAAUAAUGUGCUUUAUAUUCAACCUGUCCAUAAACAUGUUGCUGUUCUUAAUUGCCCACUGAGUCUGGAUUGGGGGGAAAUCAGCCAGGGUUUCUGCUCCUGGUCACUGCCCACUGACCCCUAUAUUAGAGAGAGGGGGGAAAUCAGCCAGGGUUCCUGCUCCUGGUCACUGCCCACUGACCCCUAUAUUAGAGACAGGGGGGGGGAAAUCAGCCAGGGUUCCUGCUCCUGGUCACUGCCCACUGACCCCUAUAUUAGAGAGAGAGAGAGGGGGCAAAUCAGCCAGGGUUCCUGCUCCUAGUCACUGAACACUGACCCCUAUGUUAGAGAGAGAGGGGGGUGGGGGGGGGAAAUCAGCCAGGGUUCCUGCUCCUGCUCACUGCCCACUGACCCCUAUAUUAGAGAGAGAGGGGGGAAAUCAGCCAGGGUUCCUGCUCCUGGUCACUGCCCACUGACCCCUAUAUUAGAGAGAGAGGGGGGAAAAUCAGCCAGGGUUCCUGCUCCUGGUCACUGCCCACUGACCCCUAUAUUAGAGAGAGAGGGGGGAAAUCAGCCAGGGUUCCUGCUCCUGGUCACUGUUUGCAACUUGAUGUUGACAACAUCUUUCUGGCUUUCAGGUGACCUGGACAAUUCUCAUGGAGUGUAAAACAGCUGUAACCGAGUGAAAUACCUAUCUUUUUCACCCUCAGUAAAACAAUCAGUGGCUUUUGGUUUCAAGCUACUUGACCAGUCAGCUUUACUGUCAGGCCGAUGUUAGCACAGUUUCUUGUCAUUUGCACUUUCUUUAAAAAUUCAAAUUGCGACUACAACACUCCUAUAAACCAGAAGCUAUUAUCCAAGAACAUGUCUGUUUAAAUCUCUAGAUUUUAACAAUAGUUCCACUGACCUUUCCUUCCACCUGCAGAGCCCUCGUUGAUUUACCUGUUGAGGGCUUGACUCUCUGUCCCUGUUCUAUCUGAAAACUUUAUUUCAUUAAUUCUUUCAUAUCUACCUUUUCCAUUCACUGUCUGGUUCCUGGAAUUGUCCUUGGAGGAGGAGGUAAGGCCCAGGUUUCCAGCUCCAGGACUGAGGAAGCAGUCUAGUGAAACCGGAUUUUGUUUUCUCUCUGUCUCUCUCUCUCUCUCUCUCUCUCCGUCUCUCUCUCUCUCUCCGUCUCUCUCUCUCUCUCCGUCUCUCUCUCUCUCUCCGUCUCUCUCUCCGUCUCUCUCUCUCUCUCCGUCUCUCUCUCUCUCCGUCUCUCUCUCUCUCUCUCUCUCUCUCCGUCUCUCUCUCUCUCUCUCUCCGUCUCUCUCUCUCUCGUCUUUUCCCGCUCUUCAUCCCCCCCCUCCUUCCCCCUCCCGUAUGGAAGGUCCUGCUCCUUGUUUAGAGAUUGGAAUCCUCUGUUCCCUAUUAGUUUAACUUUCCCCCUGGAAUCUGAGCCUCCCAUCUAUUUUUAAAACCACAUGUCUAAAUGUUUAAAUGAACAAAGAUUCAGCUUUUUGUACAGCAAUACUGGCAAAUAUAUUUAAUACAGCAAUUUCUGCUGCUUUUAGUCGUGAUUUCAAAGCUAGUUUUUGUAUUAAUGUAACAGUUUU